AGGGCAAUGGUGAGCGGCGAUUGGGCAGGCGCAAGGGGUGCCAAAAACGGCGAAUUACGCAGCGGGGCUUCUAAGACAUAUAAUUAUUAUCCUAUGAAACGAUUUUCCAGUAUUUUCGCUUUCAGAUGACAUAUGGAAGUAAGCAUAUCGUAGCUCAUUGAAUGAAACAUAAAGGAAAAUACGUAAACUGAGCGACGAUUGGGCAGGGUACGGUACCCGGUUUCAAUGCGGCAUCGACAAAAUGGUGAAAGUAGGUGACUCGUCAGAAGAUGGAAAUGAAGGUCGUAUAUCGUUUAAGUCAGACGUGGAACGUCUUCAGCAGACUCGACGUGUUUAUAGGUCUGCCCAAGAUCUGACCCACAAGCUGGAGUCUGUUUUCAGGCACAAGCAGGCCUACAGGGUUGUCUUUGAGAAAGACUCAAUAGAAAUGCGCAUGAGAUUGCGUGAUCUUUGUGAACGUUUGAUGAUGCUUCAUCCGAUUGAUUUUGGGAGAAAAGCAGAAGAGAUUCUCUGGUGGAAAGUCUAUUAUAAUGUCAUUACCUUGGCUAAGAAGAGUAAAAAGUACAUACGCAGCGGUUCUUCCCUGGAGUGCGCGUACCGGACACACCUCUUGGCCGCUACAGGAUUCUACCACCAUCUCCUGAUGAGGUUACAGUGGGAGUAUGGCCUGCAGGAGAACCACAUCAUGGACUUCAUCAGCUUUCCAGAUCAAGACCAGGUCAAAGAUACCUGCAUGGAUGCCAAUAAACCAGAGGCAAAGGACUGGGCUCAGAAAGCCUGUCAUCGAUGUCUCAUCUAUCUUGGUGACUUGGCAAGGUAUAGGCAGGAAUUUGAAGGUCCUAGUAGUUGUCUUCUUGCUCAGCGAUUCUACCACCAAGCCCUGGUCCUGAACCCUGCCAUGGGCAUGCCUCAUAAUCAGCUGGGUACCCUGGCUGGAACGCGCUAUCAAGGACUCGAUGCAGCCUAUCAUUACUUGCGAUGCUGGCUAUCAGAUCUGAGGUUUGAUGGUGCUAUUGCGAACUUGGAAAAGGUGUUUGAAAGAAAUCAGAAGAGAUUUCACGAGUUGCCUUCGAGUCCAAGCCCCGAUCUUCCAGCAGAAUUACAGAGACCACGGGACAUCAAACAGUUUCUGAUUCGUUUCCUGUACCUGCAAGAGCUGUUCCAGCCGAGCAACAAGACAUCCACUGACACCCUGCCGUCGCUAUGUCAGGAGGUGCUGCAGGGCUUCCACCAGUGCAUGCUGCAUGGCGCCGUACCUCAUGCGAGGCAAAGGGACGAGGAGGGCAGAGAGAGCUAUCUGUCGAAUGAUAUUAUCUUCAAACUGGUUGUGCUGACUCUAAUGAGUACAUAUAGGCUGCAGAAAGCAGGUUCCAAACAGACAUCCACAGCUGUUGUCUUCACGCUAGCCUUGUUCUCAUACAUACUCAACCACCUGUGUGAGAAACUCAAUAAUGCUGUCUACAGAAAGAUUUAUCCCGACCAGACUGCUACUGCUUUCACAAAAGUCCAAGACUCGGGUGGAUCAACCGACGGCCGAGCCAGUCCGGCCAACACCAUCACACCUAUCCUGAGCCAGGAGGUAGACAGCGACGGAACUGUCAAACCGGCCAAGAAGAAGCAGCAGAAGAAGAAGCCCAAGACGGUGCUGAAGGCCAUGCGACGCCGUCGGAAGAGGGCCGGGAUGGGGGCCCACACCAGCGAGGAGUCUGACCUCAGCGAGGGGGAACCCGGGGAGGACGAUCGAUCCAAUGGUAGCUCUGGAGAGUCUGGGGAGGAGAGGGUUCUGGCUGCGGAAUCGGAUAGUGAUUACUUCAUGGACAGCCAGGAGCUCGAGCUAGAUGAUGAAGAGGCUUUGGAGAAACAUAAUGUUCAUGAGGAUUUGCAGACCCCACCCCCAGGAGAAGGCGAGGAGAUCGCCCUCACAAUCAUGAACGACAUCAUGGUGGAAGACAUGUCCUCUCAACUCAUCACCCCUCCCGCCGGCCCCAUCCACACCCCUCCCGGUAGGCGUAACAUCCGCCUAGCGCCAAGCUUCGACGCUUACACCAAGGAAACGUUGUCUUUAAAGACCAAGGAGGAUGGCCAGGAUAAGAAAGGGGGAUCCCCCAUGGGGUCCUCACAGACUUCUCCAGGAAAAGAAAACAUAGAUACCAAUGUGACCAGUGCUUCAACCAGCCCUACGGAACUACAGACCAGUCAGAUCCCUCUACCGCUCAUCAUGGAGAUAUUGACAAGCGAGGGCCUCCUACCUGUCAUCAAGAUCCUCACUGAUUGGCUGCGGACGAAUGAAGACUUCAUCAUAAAGACAGCACAGAGUUCUCAGCCACUCUGGGCAAGACUAGCCAGUCUCCUCAACAUGUGUCCCCAUGAAAAGUCACUUGUAAACCAAGAUUGGUGUGGUAGCAUUGCCCUGAGACAGCUCCUUGAGGGUGCUCUCAACAGUGGAAAUGGCAAGACAUGGUAUCAGCCUAUUCCUCUGACUGAAGACAUCGCUAUAUGGACCAUGCCACCUCUUCAGUACCUACAGAAGAAGAUGAAGUUUGGUAUCCAUCAUGACCUGGACCUGACUGCACAAGAAGAGACUGUCAUACGAGUCCUGUGUCUUCGUCAGUUUGGUUACUACCUAAGUAGUAUUAAAGGUAUCAGUCUUUGUUGCGAGGAUGAUCAUUUCAUCAGUGAAGCUGUAGACCAGUCUGAUGAACAAGAGGAUGAAGAACCCCAGCAACAACAGGAUGAUGAAACUCAACAAAGUGGAAAACCUGAAGAAAAAGCAGAUGAUGGAGAAGCAAGGAGACAGCAAGUUAUGAGAGGAAUGGCCCAGCUUAGAUUACAGUCUGAAGUCAGCCAGCUCGAAGGCAGUAUAGAACCUCUUGGCAUGGACACUCUUUCACCAUACCUGAUCCCCGAUACAGCUGUCUUAUCCAAUCAGCUAUCGGUUGUGAGAUCGUUAGUCGCUACAUCACGAUUCAUCUUCAUUAUACCCAAAGCAGUUGUUUCUCAAUUAGAUGUCAACAAGAAAUACCAAUCCAAGGCUCGAGAAGCGAUUAAGUUCAUGGAGAAAGAAUUCCAAAUUGGCAACAGGUACUUAAGAGCACAAAAAGAUAAAGAGAGUCUACGCUUUGAUGACAACUCCAAAGCCAAGAUAGAUGAUGUUAAUGUCAGAACCUUCUGCAGCAUAGCCGAAUGUGCUCACUUCUUUGCUGUUCGCUCCGGGGAUCCCUCCUUGCAUAGCCCUGCCAACCCUACCCCAGGGGGGAUGGUCACCAUUCUCACACAUUCGGAGCCAUCGGACAAUUCCAGGGUGACGGCCACCAUCGACAAGCUCCUCAACGUCGGCGUUGACGUCACCACAGCCAGGGAUUUCCAAGCUAAAUGGCAGGCCCAUACGUGAAGCGAGAUCAGAGGAAGAAAAGAAAAUGCCGCUGCACUGGAGAAGACCAGAGGAGAAUUUCAAGAAGGAUUUGGUGACCUAGAUGACUAAUGACUACAGGAAGGAGGAAUGCUGUUGACUGGAGGGAAAAGGAAGGCGAGAAGCGUCACAGUUCACAUCGUUGCCUGGCUGUGGGUAUGGCUUUCCUCACUCUACAUCAUAAUGUGUACUUACCAUGUCACCCCAUAUGUGACCGGACCACUCAAAAGUUAAAACCACCUAUGAGGGUCAAAUGAGGUCACCAAUGACUUUCUCUUUGUGAAUGAAUGGAUUCCUUAAUAUUGAGGCAUUUAUGGGUGGCAGAUCAGUUCAACUAUGAGUGUUCUUGGCUUGAUGAAAAGGAAUGAAAGAUAGGCAUCGCUGAUUCACAUUGUUACCUGACUUUGGAUGGCUUUGACUCAAUGAGCAUGUCAAUACAUACUAACUGUAUUAUCCCAUAUGUAUGAAUAUCAAGUGAGGUUACUAAUGACUCCAUUCAUGUGUCUGUGCUAAUGAUUGGAUGAAGUUGAAGGAAAUGGGUGGAGCUUGGUUGUUACGAUUGAACACAAUUCUUCCUGAUUGUUUUAAGGAUAUUCUUGGUGUCCCCCCAAAAAUAUACAUUGGAUUAGAUCUAACAAAUCUCACUCUUCAUAUCAAGAUUUUCAUAUAAUAUUGACUUUUUACCUUAAAUAAACAAAUCAAACAAAUAUACCUUCUCAAGCAAGAAAUUGGCUGAAAAUUUCAGGAUAUAAUCUUUAUCAGUGUCUUUCUAAUAUCCAAAACUAAAUCUGUAAGGUAAUUGCUCAAACAGCAAUAUUGAAUGAAAAUAAGGACACUACCAAGAGAGAUUGCUAGAUUUUGAAUUUAAAUCCUAACAGCGGGGAAAAUUCCUGGCAAAAAUAGCAUUCGAUGACUACUAACCUUUUGUGAUAUUGUAACCUUUGAUGAUACUCGCAUAACUGACCCUUUAGUGUUUUCCAUAGCAUUAGACAGACUUUUAUAUUCUAUGCAGAAAUUGAAGGAUUUAAAGGCAAUGAAGGACUCUUGCUGAAAGCCACUGCUAAUUGCAGUGGCAUAUUCAGCCGGGUCGGUACGAUACCAUUUCAGGAGCUGUAUUGUUUAUGCACACUGGUCGGUUCUUCAAAAUAAAUGUCUCAUAUGGCUGGAUUCGUGCUGGAUUGGCCCACCUAGCUCAAUAACUAUCUUCUUCUACACAGGUCUUCUUUUUUUUCUUUUGUUAAUAUUUCUAUACUGCAUUUGCAGUGUUAUUUUGUUUCUCAAAUGUUGGAAAUAAGAUAAGGCUCUUUGAAACUGGACUGCCUUUCAUGCAAAUGAUUAUUAUGCAAUCAUGUUUUUAAUAUCUCAUAUAAAUGUAAUUUGCAGUUUGAUUCUUUUUAUGGUUGGUAUCUUAAACAUUUUAAACACACUGGGAUUUUUUUUAAAUAAUUUUAUCAGCACAAUAGGUUAUGCAUACAUUUUACAUCUCAAACCAUUUACGUUUUAUUUUACAUCAUCAAUAUUUUGUACACUUGGGGUAAUUUCUAUCUGCACAAAACUUGAAUGCAUUACAUCAGGAUGUAGGUCCAAUUUAAAAUCAAUUCUAUGAAAAUUUACCCUAUUAAUUAUGAUUUCAAUUCAUGUGAUUAAUAUAAUAUGGUGCUAUAAGAUGUUAUGUUGAUAUGUAAAAAGGAGAUCAUACCCAUGUAAGCUUCCAAUGUGCAUUGCAUGCCUUGUACUAUUAAAACUUGCCCCUGUCGAUAAAGUUUAAAGUUUGUUUUUAGACUAAACUUCAAUUAAUUUCAUUUGUUAAAACCAUAGAUACUGACAUAUUUAUUGUUUUGAAUAUUAUUUUGCAAUAUCUUCUUAAUGAUGGUUUCAUUAUCAUGAAUAAAGAAUUUAAUUGUAAUUUA